AAUGGCUUCAAUGUUCAUGGUUGAAAGAGAAGUAAAGGGAAAAAAUAAUGUGGGAAUUCGCUGUUAGACUGACUUACGAGAAAAACGUGUACAUUUCUCAAAUACAAAAGUCCUUUGCCUCGAAGGAGUAGCUGCCUGUUCACACUCUAUUUUUUCUUCUCUCUUCUUUCGCCUGCAAAAUUUGGAAUUAGAUGAAAAUCUGCAGCAAUCCAUGACCACCUAUGAGCCUUCAAUCUCCCCCAAUGAUAACCUGAAAGGUUUCCUUCUUGCUAUGUUGUCCAGCGCCUUUAUUGGCUCCAGCUUCAUCAUUAAGAAGUUGGGUCUUCGUCGGGCUGGUGCUUCCGGUUCACGAGCGAGUUCUGGAGGAUAUGGGUAUCUAUUAGAGCCCCUUUGGUGGAUCGGCAUGAUUACCAUGAUUGUUGGGGAAUUUUCCAACUUUGUGGCUUAUAUUUAUGCUCCCGCCAUUCUCGUGACGCCACUUGGAGCAAUAAGUAUAAUUGUUAGUGCUGUACUUGCACAUUUUUUCUUGAAGGAAAAAUUGCAGAAAAUGGGUGUAUUGGGGUGUAUUUUAUGUGUUGUAGGGUCUACAAUGAUCGUGCUCCAUGCACCUGGUGAACGUACUCCGAGUUCAGUGGAUGAGAUAUGGGAACUAGCAAUUCAACCAACUUUCCUUCUCUAUACAGCCUCAGUAAUAGCUAUUGUGUUGUUCCUGGUGUUGUAUUGCGAACCCCGCUAUGGACAGACAAACAUACUCAUUUACGUUGGGAUAUGUUCCAUAAUUGGAUCCUUGACGGUAAUGAGUAUCAAAGCUAUUGGCAUUGCAAUAAAACUCACAAUGGAGGGUUGGAGUCAAGUUGCUCACUUCCAAACAUGGGUCUUUUUAAUGGUUGCAAUCUCAUGCAUAAUUAUUCAGUUGAAUUAUUUAAAUAAGGCUUUGGACACAUUUGACACUGCUGUUGUUUCGCCAAUUCAUUAUGCAAUGUUCACAUCUUUCACGAUCUUUGCCAGUGUCAUAAUGUUCAAGGAUUGGUCUGGCCAGAGUGCUAGCAGCAUUGCAUCAGAACUCUGUGGAUUUGUAACCAUACUUUCUGGGACCGUGGUCUUGCAUGAUACAAGAUCACCUGAUUCUGCUUCUGUUUCAGAGAUGUACAUGUCUGUCUCUCCUCAAGUGUCUUGGUAUUUCCCCGCAAAUGGCGACACCUGGAAACGGAAAUCUGAAGAAAUACUAUUGCCAGAUUUUGAUGCAAUCCUCAAACAAGACCAUUUCACAUGAAAGUGAAAGGUAAUUUAUGCACCUACUACUGCAUCUCCACUGCACACCAAACAGAUGCAACCAAAUUUUGGGAGAAAUCUGGAUAUAUAGUUAAUUUUCUCACAUUAUUAAUGAGUUAUUUAGUAGAGCGGUGACCACGGAGUUGUUUUCUUUCUCCGCUUAGCCGCUUGAGAUUGAAGGACGGGUAGGGCUUGUGUGACGUAGUAUGUUCUUUGUAACAAUUCAUUUUGUUUCUAAAUAGGUAGCUGGAAUUGAAACACAGCUUCAUUCCCCUUUCUUUUUCACCUUUAGGCCUCACACCUCCCUCUCGUAACAUUAUUUUGUAAAGUAGAACAGAGCUUGUGGAUGCAAAAUGUAAUCUGCUUUGUGUGUAUUCUUUUUUCCACUCGUUCCCUUAGCCAAGGUAAUAUGAGAUAUUUUGUUGGUAAAGCUGACUUUUCGGCCAAGUUUGCCCUGAAUAGAACGUAAUAAAUCACUGAUGAUUUGUUUA